CUGGCAGAGUAUUUUGGUGCAGCCAGUGCAGUGUCAGGAGGGGACAGGUAGUCCGGCUGGCAAUGAAGGGACAUCUCUCCACUCAGCUGCUUUGGUUUCUCCUCUUUCUUCAGGACACCAUGGGUGCUGAUGAGCUGAGGCUGGUGAAUGGAAGCAGCCCCUGUGCCGGGAGAGUGGAGGUUAAACACCAGGAUCAGUGGGGGACGGUGUGUGAUGAUGGCUGGAACAUGGCAGCUGCUGGAGUUGUCUGUAAGCAGUUGGGAUGUGGAGCUGCUGUCAGUGCCCGGGAUGCUCAUUUUGGAGAAGGAUCUGGACGGAUAUGGCUGGAUAACAUUGUCUGUCGUGGUACUGAGUCUGCUGUCUGGGCAUGCGAACACAACAGUUGGGGUGAUCAUAACUGCAAGCAUAAAGAGGAUGCUGGCGUGACCUGUUCAGGACGCCUUGAGCCCCAGCUGAUUGGAGGGAACACUGCCUGCUCAGGACGUGUUGAAAUAAGACACGGAGACACAUGGACCACAGUCUGUGAUUCACACUUGGACCUCCAAGCCGCCAGUGUUAUCUGUAAUGAAUUAGGCUGUGGAACACUUGUAUCCACCCCAGGAGGAGCGCACUUCAGUGAAGGAUAUGGGUCAAUCUGGUCUGAGAAGAUCCAUUGCUUGGGGAAUGAAACACACCUUGUGUACUGUCCCAGAGCUCUGCAUCCUAAUGAGACAUGUUCACACUCGAGUGAUGCCAGCAUUGUAUGCUCCGGUAAGGGUUCAAAGUGA